CAGCGACCUGGACAUGAAGGAGAACUUGUUACAUAACUCACAGAACAGCCUCGCCGAACCGGUCCAAACAAUCAGAGAAGGCUUGCCUCGACCACGAAGCGGCGAAUUUCGUGCUUUAUUUGAGGGUAACACUCCAUGACAGUAAAGAAAACAAGCAUCAAAGUAAUUUUACACAUAUAAAUAAUUUUAAUUUAUGUACAUUCAUUAUUUAAGAAAGAUAGGUAUGUACGAAUAUAAAAAAUUACAGCAGUUAACUUUAUAAUAAAAUCAUAUGAUGAAUUAGCAACUCAGCGAUAUAAAACGAUGCCACAUCGUAUGUAUUGAAUUUCUAUAUGUAUAUAUUUAUAUAAUUAUAUUUAUGAAAUAUAUAUAUAUC